GCAAGUGAUUGCCCGUGAUUGUUGUGGGGAAGGUGGGGUGCGUUUGCCGUGUUCCGGGUUUAAGGUAACCAGCGUGUAACCACAAUAGCCACCGCAACAGAAAACAAAAAAAAAAAAACAAACGACCGUGAUCUUCCGUGCACACAACGGUGUCCCGUGUGUUUGCGGCUUAACACCACCGGCCUCCGGAGCAUGACGUUGCUUUGCUGGAUCGUUGGGUGAAAGUGAUACUCUCAACUCGACCGUAUUCGGGUGUUUCGAUACCGAGGGAGUGUGUUCCCGGGGCAUCCCAGUCCCGUCCUGUCCUGGUCUGCAAAAGGGAGAGAGAGAGAGAGAACGCCACCAUUAAAAAAAAAAAAAAAAAAGGCUACUUAUAUGUCAGCUCGAUUGCAUCAAUCAACCAUUCCAAUUCAACCGUGCCCCCUCUCCCGUUCGCACACGUCCGCGCCGUUGCCCGUGGAUUGCAGUAGCAGUGGGUGGGUACAGCGCCUACCUACCCGCGAGGGAUCUGUGGAUAGUAGGAGAAGCGCCAGCGGCAGCAAGAUCAUCCCUAGCAGAACGCCCUAAACCCUACCAUCAUCGUUCAGCGGGACCGUAGCGCUUGCUGCCGGUACUGAACACACCCAUUCCCAUUGAACGAACGGCGUUGUUGUGCGCCGAUUGUGUGGUCAGCAUGGCGAGCCUCACGAGCAGCUCACACUACCGAUGGAAUCAUCAUACGAUCGUGCUGCUUGCCCUAUCCUACCUGGUUCACGUGGCGACAUCGACCAAUGAGAUAUGGCCGAUUGACCGACCCGAUGGGAUGCCCUCCAUCACCGCGCUGGAGGUAAUGUGCGGCAAGGAUCACAUGGAUGUGCACCUUUCCUUUUCCGCACCGUUCGAGGGUAUCGUCAGCUCCAAAGGGCAGCACAGCGAUCCACGGUGCAUCUACGUGCCACCGUCGUCCAGCAAAACGUUCUUCACGUUCCGCAUUUCCUACUCCCGCUGUGGCACCAAACCGGACCUGAACGGUCAGUUUUACGAGAACACGGUGGUGGUGCAGUACGACAAGGAUCUGCUCGAGGUGUGGGAUGAGGCGAAGCGGCUCCGGUGCGAGUGGUUCAACGAUUACGAGAAGACCGCCUCCAAACCGCCCAUGGUCAUCGCUGACCUCGACGUCAUCCAGCUCGACUUCCGAGGAGACAAUGUGGAUUGCUGGAUGGAGAUCCAACAGGGGAAGGGACCGUGGGCACCGGCGGUCAGUGGAAUAGUCCCACUUGGCUCAACCAUGACGCUGGUGGUAGCGAUCAACGAUUUUCGCGGGGAGUUCGAUAUGCGGGUAAAAUCGUGCGUCGCGUCGGACGGUGCCGGCCACGUGAUCAAGCUGUCGGAUGAGUACGGGUGUGUGCUGCGGCCGAAGAUGAUUUCCCGCUUUCUGAAGGCGCGCGCCCCGGACGAUAAGGCAUCCGUCAUUACCUACGCCUUCUUCCAUGCCUUCAAGUUCCCCGACGCGCUCAGUGUGCACAUCAAGUGUAAGGUGGAAAUCUGUCGCCACGGCUGCCUAGACCAUUGCCAGCACAAUGCCGCCGCUGGGCUGGGGGCUGCCAGUGUACCCGUCGGUGCGAUUGCCGGUGGUCCGAAGCACGAUGUGAUUGAGCGCAAGGACACGGUGGUGAAGCAAAACACCAACAGCCUGGCAACCGACUCGGACGAGGAGAUCGAUUCCGGCAUGAACGGUCAGGAGGUGUACUACGACGACAUUAUACACACGGAAAAGCACUUUGCACAGUACAAGAAACCGAUGGGCGGUCACCCGGUGGACCGGAAGAAGGACGGGUACCAUCAGUAUGGCCAUCUGCAUGGCCGCGAACCGGUGGACGAUAUUGAGUCACUGUUUUUCCACGACCAUUCCACGCUGCCGGCGGACAUGAUGAAGAAACAACCGCCAGUGCCGCAGUACGCCCCGGGUAAGGCCGGACUGGCCAUGGGUGGUAGCAAGUACCCAGCGAAACCGCAGCUGCUGCUGCAGCAACAUCAGCCGGCGCAGGAACCGAUGCCGGGCCCGGGCACGCCCAUGGACGACGAUAAGUUCCCGCACGGGCCGCGCCAGAUGGAUGCGGAGAAGCGCAUGGGGCUACCGGCCGUUGCCGGUCCCCGGGCACUCAAUCUCGAGGCGGAGGAUGUGCAGAGGCAGCGAUACGAGCGGCCGGACUAUCCACGCACCGCACGCCAGCGACGCUCGGUUCGCAUUACCGACCGGAAGGCACGGUCGGCCGACAUUGGCGUGAGCGGCAUCUACGAGGUCAUAUCGGAGGCCGAUCUGGCGUUCAAUCCCGACAACAAGCAGGAAGCGGUGACCGUGUUUCAGGGCAAGAUAACCGAGGAAGUGGUGUACGGCAUUUGCAUGCCAGUGCCGGGCUUUAGCAUUCUCUUUAUCCUGGUCAUCUCGGCGACCAUCAUCUCGGCCCUGGUCGCCGGCUCGUUGCUGUACCGGUACCAGCUGCAGAAGGACAUCAUCGCGAACCGUUCGCAGCCGCAACCGCAUCAUGACGCCGCACCGAUCAACUCGAUCGCCACGUGGAUGACGUUGCGCCUGUUCCGCUCCCGGCACAGCGCGGCCGGCACUGUGCCCGGCGCCAGCGUUCGCUCGAUGGAUCUAUCCGCCAGAAACCAAUGA